AAAAAAAAAAUAAACUAACCUCAAUUAUUGCUAUAUCUGUCAAGUCGUGGCUUACUGUAUUUGUUUUUAUCUUGAGACUAAGAGAAUAAAUAGCAAUUAUUAGACGGGGAAAAAUUAGAUUAAUUUAAUAUAAAAUACCAAGAUGUCUCGUCCUGUGGCUAAAGUUGUUAUGACUCCAGAAAUGGAAGAGAAAUUUGAAUCUGAACUAUACUGGUGUAUAGAAAAAUUGCAGAAUUCUUUACAAUCUGGAAAACUAAGCAAAAAACAAAGUGAGAGUACCAUGAAAUCUCUAAAUGUAUUGAUGGGAAAGUCUUCUAUAGUAAAGAAACGUCAAACUAUGAGAGUUCUUUUUGGUGAUUAUAGAGCAAAAAUGGCAGAGGAAGAAAAAAAACUAUUCAAAAGUAAUCUCAAAAUUACUUAUGAAGCCAUUAAGCCACAUAAAAAUUCGAAGUUCUUGAGAAAACGUGAACCUUUAAAUAAUACCAACUCAAAUUGUGAAGAAUUAAGCAAUGAGAUAUCAAAAAUCCAAAUUGACAAUAAUAGUCCACCUAAAACAGAAAAAACAAAGAAUACAUUCAAAUAUGUUCCAUCUGAUGGUAGUUUCAAAUUUAAUUUUGGCAAUAAUUCCUCAUGAAUUUACUAUUAUUGAUAGUAAUCAUUCCAUUCCAUCAGGAUGAAAGUUUAAGAUAUUUUGAAUUGUCCAGGAAAAGCUUGAGAAAAAUGAAUCUUAUUUGUGAUAAAUACCGACUUUUGAUAAAAGUAGAUCAUCAGUUUGUCUGAAAACAAAAGAACAAAUAAUAAAAUUGGGCGUUAAGUGGUUUAUUCUCUGUGAAACAAAUUACCUUUAAUUUCCAAUAACAAUUUUGCUUAUGUAAAUGUCAGCAAACAAAUGUUGAAAAAAAUGACUAUUUUUAUAACUGAAAAUAAUUAACGUCAGCAUCAUAAAUCAUUUAUCUAUUUUGUUAUUUUGAAGGAUGGUUUUUCAGAUCAAUUAAAUUGAAUACGUAAAGGUUUGUUUCCUUGCAAUUAUUUCUUCAAGAAAAGGUAUUGUUCAAAAAUGUAUGCAAUACAUAAUGGUGAUAUU